AAAAUGACGAACACAAAGGGAAAGAGGAGAGGAACCCCAUAUAUGUUCUCUAGGCCUUUUAGAAAACAUGGAGUUGUUCCUUUGGUCACAUAUAUGCGAAUCUACAAGAAAGGUGAUAUUGUAGACAUUAAGGGAAUAGGUACCAUUCAAAAAGGAGUGCCCCAUAAAUGUUAUCAUGGCAAAACUGGGAGAGUCUACAAUGUUACCCAGCAUGCUGUUGGCAUUGUUGUGAAUAAGCAAGUUGAGGGCAAGAUUCUUGCCAAGAGAAUUAACGUGUGUAUUGGGCAUAUUAAGCACUCUAAGAGCCGAGACAGCUUCCUGAAACGUGUGAAGGAAAAUGAUCAGAAAAAGAAGGAAGCCAAAGAGAAAGGUAUCUGGGUUCAGCUGAAAUGCCAUCCUGCUCCAGCCAGAGAAGCACAUUUUGUGAAAACAAAUGGAAAGGAGCUUGAGCUGCUGGAACCUAUUUCCUAUGAAUUCAUGGCAUAA